ACAUGGAAUAGGAGAGGCCAUGGAGUAUGACUUUGUUAAAACAUCCACUCCUUGCCAUGUGAACCUUCAGAAUUGAACAUGGAGUGAUGAAGAACAUUCAGCAAGUCACUUUGGGAAUGCUCUUUAGAGAGUGCUAAAGAAAAGCCCCUUUUGUUCAACCAGAGAAAUCUGCCUCCUGAGAAUCAGUGACAGAGGUAUCAGGAGUGGUACUUUGAUGGGAAAGCUAUAUCAUCGCCUCCCUCAGCAUCCACUAGCCCAUGUUGAUGGGCCAAGUGGUGCAUUGUGAUGUCUAAGCCCCCCAAGCCACCAUUGGCUGGGGUAGUGCCUAGCUGACCAAUCAGAUUGAAGAGUGUGGCUCCUCAUUGUCCUGAGAAGGUAUAUAUAGGGAGGGCAGAGGCAGAGAUUCUGGGUUAGGCCAUUUCUUGUCAUCAUCAUGACUAAAGUAACUAAGAAGCUAUGGCAGUCAAUAAGAGUUCCAAUGCGGUUUGCUUCAAGGGUGAAAGGAAGAAAGAAGAUCCUUUGUCAACGGAGAUACAGAGGCUGUGUGAAGGCACGAAAUAUGAUGAUGAGUGUCAGAAGACCUCUACAAGGAACCAUGAGAAAGAAAAUCCGAUCAUAUGCCACUCAAUCGAAGAAGGUGAAGAAAACAAGAAAGCCAAACUGUUUUUUCUGUUCCUGUGCACGUAAGAAACUGAAUCAAAGUAGAAAAAGAUACCAAAAUAGGAGGCAGAAUCAAAGAAGGAGGCAGAAUCAAAAGAGAAGAUAAGUCAGCCAUCCCAGAAUAAGAGACCCUGGAGAAGUACAACCUGGGCAGCCAGUAACUGAAUAGUAAAGGUCAGACAGUUUAGAAUUGUGUCUCCAGAGGUCUGCUUUCUUAAAAAUGGCCAACCAGGAAAAGACUGACUCUCACACUAACAUAGUAAACUGAUGGCUGCAAUUAAAAUAAACAUCAAAUGGUGAAAAGAUGA